AUGGCCAUGUCACCCUCGACAUUCACUUCGAACAAGCCAUCGAGCCCGGCUCCAAGCGCACCCCAAACCUUGACCAGUGCAGUUUUACCAACUGCUGGCGCGGUUCAACCAAUCUCUGUGCCCCCGAAUCAGAAUAACCCGGCGGCUCCUUCAAUCAUUUCUUCUCACAAUUACAGGCCUUUGAAUGUUAGAGAUGCGUUGAGCUAUCUCGAUCAAGUCAAGUUGCAAUUUCAAGAGCUUCCUGGCGUUUACAAUCAGUUUCUAGAUAUCAUGAAGGACUUUAAGACUCAAACGAUUGAUACACCAGGAGUUAUCGACGGAGUUUCAUCACUUUUUAGAGGCCAUCCGGCGCUUAUUCAAGGCUUCAACACCUUCUUGCCCCCAGGGUACCGUAUCGAUGUUUCUCAAGGGGAAGCGUCCACCCAUGCGGGGUCGAAUUCGGCCUAUAACUUGAUCACAGUUACUCACCCGAUGGGUGUUCAAACUCAGAAGCGCGUGCCUCUUCAAAGCGGAGGAGAGGAGAUUGGCUCCCACAUCAUUCCCGACACCACUGCAGCGCAUCCUUCCACAGGUGUUUCGUCUGUCAACUCCAUGUCAUCCGCUGACAAGUUGACCCGAGAUAACGUCAAUAGCCUCGCCCUCAACCCAUUGCCUCGGACAAUGAUACCCAACGGCGUCGAGGCCUCGGCAUCUACAUCUGCUGCCUCUUUAGUCUCUGGCCCGAAGACUAAGCCUGUGACUUUGGACGUGAUUGCCACGCAUGGCUUGGGAACUGUCCGAACUAACAGCCCCGCCUUAUCCAACACGGCUAGCACGGAUGCGUCUAAAUCCACAGUCAAACCCCUCGAGUUCAAUCAUGCUAUCACUUAUGUCAACAAGAUCAAAAAUCGAUAUUCGAGCGAUCCAAAAACCUACCAGACCUUUUUGGAUAUUCUACAAACAUACCAGAGAGAUGCUAAACCUAUCCAAGAAGUCUAUGAACAAGUGAAUCAUCUGUUCCGCGAAGAACCGGACCUCAUGGUGGAGUUCAUGCAGUUUUUACCUGAUACCUCCGGCAAUACUAAUCCACAGCCACUUAGCAACUCCGAAGGAUUGUUGGGUGUUUGUAAUUCUGCUGGCGCAACAUCUCAUGAUGAUGCAAAGAACUCUUCCCUACAAUCAAAUCCGAAGCAGAGUAAUUCUGGUACCGUAUCUCAGCAGCCAAUACCUAAGAGAAAGCGAAACGGUGCCAACGUGGCUACCAAUACCAAGGCGGCAAUCUCAGGUGGCGCUCGUACAGCCGUUCUUGAAGCCAACAAGGCCCGCAACGCCAGCUCCGACAGUAAUAAAGUCGAUACUGCUGUCUCUAUUGAUCAGAACACACCGAGGGGUACGAAAAGGAAACCGAAGGGUGUCGUCAACCCAGGUGGUGAUGCAGCUACUCCCGCUACCUCGACAGCCGGUCUGCCUCCCCCUGGCUUUGCCCCGCCCGGUUACCGAUCUAUAGGCGAGGCCUAUAACGCUACUUUAACAUCAAACCGUGCUCUUGUGCGGGAAACGCGACAACCUCGUGAAGCCCCGCAAAAUCUAGUCAAUGGGAAAGCUCGCAAUCCAGUCAACAAGGAAUCGCUGACGCCUGAUCGAAUACCCAAGAGGGUGAUUGCUAAGGAGGAGUUACUAUUCUUUUAUCAUGUAAAAACCUAUUUUGGCGAUCAAACCACCUACAUCGAAUUUUUGAAAAUCAUCAACCUCUUCACCCAAGACCUGAUCGAUCUCAACACAUUGGUUUGCAAGAUUGGACCUUUUCUGGUCAACUGUCCGGAACUCUUCAACAGGUUCACCGACAUCGUCGGUUGGCGAGAGGAUCAAUCCAUGCUACCUAUGAAACGUAAAGGAGAGGCCAACGGUUUACCUGAACCAAAAAAGGCUCGCUGUCAUCCCACUUUGAACACUCGCCCGGUUCUCUCCGGCUCCGAGGAUCCUCCAGAAUGCGGACCUAGCUAUAGGCAAGUCCCCGAAUCGGAUGUAUCACUAGCUUGCUCGGGAAGAGACGCGCUCUGUUCGGCUGUACUGAAUGACAGGUGGGUAUGUGCCCCACCCGGCCAUUCCAUCGACGAGCAAUUAUUCACGCCACGGCAGACAAAUUCUUUCGAGCGGGCUUUGUACCAAGCUGAAGACGAGCGCCACGAAUAUGACUAUCAUAUCGAAGCCAACGUUCGUACCAUUGCCUUACUUGAGCCAAUUAAUCUCAGGAUCCAGCAGAUGGAGCCAGAACACCGCGCCGAAUACCGGCUGAAGCCCGGAUUAGGGGGACAGAGUAAGAGCAUCUAUCAACGGAUAAUCAAAAAGAUAUACGGUAAAGAGCAUGGACCUGAGGUCAUUCAAGCUCUUCAUGAAAAUCCUGCUUUAGCAGUUCCAAUAGUUUUAGCGAGAUUGAAGCAAAAGGACGAGGAAUGGAAGAAGGCUCUCAGAGAUUGGAAUCGCGUGUGGCGUGAGGUGGAUGGCAAGAACUAUUGGAAAGCUCUAGACCAUCAAGGUAUAAGCUUCAAGGCUGUUGAUAAGAAGAUGCUCGGGAAUAAAAAUUUAGUCAAUGAGAUUGAACUCAUCAAACGUGAACAACAGCAAAAACGGCAGCUAGCCUUGGACCCUUCGAUCAUCCAACUCUUACCGAAGUAUCAGCUAGAGCUCGACCUGAGUGAUACUGAUGUAUUCUACGACGUUCUAAAAAUCCUCAUCCACUUCCUUGAUCAUGUGCCCAACUCGGCUGGUCUGGAUGAUUCACAUAAAGAUCAUAUCGAAAGUUUCCUGAAAUCGACGGCGAAGGUCACGAGACGAUCGGUUCUGAUGGAGAUGUCAGUGAUCGAGCUGGAAGUCCGACGCAAAACUCGGCUGGAGAUGAAGACAAACCCGAAUCUUCGAAUGGUCGACCCAAUAGAUCUACCAAUGCGUCAGGCAGAAAGAGGGGAAGUACCAAAGAUGGACAUACGGGCAUUGGCUCGGCGGUCGGAAGCUAGUCGACAUAAAGGCACGACCCCUAGCCAUUCGAGAACUGCAACCGAAGAGCCUUCUUCGACUUUGCCACCAGUUUCUCUGCCGGGCGCCAACCCCGGUGCAGAUGCUCCUGACUACGAUGUGCCGGAUGCCCCGGAUCAAAUUCAAACAUCUUCGGUACGAGAUGAAGGACCAGAACCUACUCAAGGAAAUAUCAUGGAUGUUCUAUCCAGUUUUACGUCUAGUACUCAUUCCUCUCUUCGUCCACCGCCUAUCAAUGAAGGUGAGGGCGAGAAGCCAUGCAAUCCGAUCUCUGAUGAGCCGCAGGCUUCUACACAACGUCCGAUGAAUCAUCGACCAAUAAACCCGCCUCCAAAGCAACGUCGCUAUAACUUUUUCACAAAUAAUGCGUUUUACUGCUUCUUUAGAUUAUUACACAUCAUGUACACCAGGUUUUACACACUCAAGAAGGUAUCCGAAAACAUCCAUAUGUGCCCAACACCAACAAGCUACCCCAGUUCUUCAUCUUCAUCUUCCACCUCCGUCAAAUCAAAGUUCGAAACAUAUCUCAACUUAUUGACUUGUAUUCAAAAUUUGAAUUGCGGACAAUUGGAUCAAAGUUCUUUCGAGGAUGAAUGUCGAAAUUUGUUUGGAGUCAAAGGUUAUUCAGUCAUUACUAUUGAUAAGUUGUGUCAAGCGCUGGUGAAAGUACUUGCGAAGUUGUCCAAUGAUGGAACUUCGCAAGAAAUUCUCAGACUAUAUGAGACAAACAAACAGUUGGACAGAACUUCAAGAGCUGGUGGCUUGACUGAAGCACAAAGAUUGGCCUAUCGGAGGUCUGUUGAAGCCUUAACAGGAGGUACUGAUACCAAACUAUUUCGAAUGGAAUGGCUCUCGCAUCUUCAGGCAAUGCGAAUUCAGUUGGUAGGUGGUGAUGACAUCAGUCCAGAAGAUUAUGAAGCGGUCGAAAAAGCUUGGUCAAGUUACAUUGAAAGUUAUGCGGAUAUGUCAGUGGAUCGUACAAUUGGUUUAGGGAAUUAUGAAAUCAAACCUGCUUUUCUUAAACGCAAUGUCCAUUCAGUAAGAAAAUCAAUUGGAAAAAUCGAUCCAAAAAUGUUUUUAACUCAACCUGGUUUAGGUGUAAGAGUUUGUAUGAGAAGUUAUAAAUUAUUCUUUAGUCCAAAUACAUCAGAUCUUUUAUUUAGAAAAUCAAUUAAGUCACAUCAAGGAAAACGAAUUGAAGGUGAACAAAUUGAUGGAGAAAAAGAAGAUGGAGAAGUUGAUGAAGUUAAAUCUUUAAAUAUAGAUGAAGAAAGAAUUAAAAGAUGGGAGAAAUGGUUAACGUUAAAAACUUCUAAGUCAACAUAA